GCAAGUCUUGACUUGGACCAUUCGACAUGCUCGCUCGUGUAACUCGUGCUGUCUUCACAAGACGUGUACCCCUCGGAAUGAGGGGUUAUAGUGGACGAAGUGAGGGUACAGUCGCUCAGACAAAAGAAUUCGGGAAGAAGGAAAGAGCCCAUGAAGAGGAGUAUACACGCAGACAUGAUGCAGAGCUGUUGCGCAAACUCAAAGCAGAGGUAGAGAAAAAGAAGAAGGAAAUUGCCGACCUCGAGGCAAAGGUGGAGAAGCAUGAACAGACGAAGUAACGAAGUAGUUCUGCAGUCGUUGUGUGGCCUGUUUCUUUUUCUGUUCUGCUGUGUACCCAUCCAUCCUGUCUCCAAUCAAUCUAUUCGGUGUGACGUAGUCUGUUCCGUUUCCGAUUCGGUGACUGACCAUGUCCC